CCAAACAUCCUCUGACCUCCCCGAGCCCGAGUGCCUGAUUGCUGAGCGUACGUGCGGCGGCGGAGGCGAUGACCCUAGCGAGGACCGAGGAGCCCGAGAGCCGGCAGGGCGGCGGCAAGUGACUGGCCGUCGGUGGCCAGUUCUACUGAACUUUUGUUACAGUUGUACUAGAGAUCGAGCUUGUGUGCGGGGGCCGUGGAAUGUGCACACCCACGGGAAUUCCUCUACAUUGGCCACUGUUGGCAUGCGCAACCGUCUCUUCUGCUGCUGCCGUUUCAGCAACCGUGCUGUUCUACCGGUAUCGGCAGUGAUUCAUCUUAUCGUGGCAGAUCUUGGCACAUCCUCUGUGGCACUCGAGAGAUCGAGAGAACCAGGGCGUGGCAACAUUCACAAUGCAUUGAGAGUUUUGGACCUCGUACCUACGAGGUAUCAUAAUGACAAAGAGGAAGAUCCAUCCCAUCAACGCCUUAUCAAUGACUGCAUGUGUGACAUCUUGGGAGUUCAAUCGAAGCAGCAUGCUAAGCGUAAGGGAAAAGUGGACUCAGGCUCUAAUCCAUCACGGCCUAAAAUCAUAGACCUUGUUUCAAAUUAUAUCUCAGUUUGCCCUUCCAUGACUAGAUUCACAAACGAGCACAUGUUUAUGGAGAUAGCGGAGUUGCAUAGGAGGGGAGUAGUCAGUUCAGAUACAGCUAUUUUGGCAUCUGCGCUGAGUUCCUGCGCUGAUAGGCAUACAUUUAUCGGAGGUGCACAGCUUCAUGCUCUACUAGUGAAAGUAGGAUUUGAUUCGUCUGUCCUUGUUGGUAGCUCGCUGAUUAGCUUUUAUUCAAGAUCCCGUCGGUUGGAAAAUGCCCAUAGGGUUUUCCAGAGCAUGACACAAAAAAAUACUGUUUCAUGGACAGCAUUAAUUUCUGGCUAUGCCCAGGAUAAACAGGUUGAGCCAUGUCUCCAUUUAUUUGCAUUGAUGAGGCAGUCAGUGUGCAAGCCAAAUGACAUUACAUUUGCAACUAUCUUCAGUGUGUGCACUAACCACGCAUUUCUCGCACUUGGUAAAAGUGUUCAUGGCCUACAGAUGAGAAUGGGUUUUGAUUCCUAUGUGCAUGUGUCCAAUGCACUGAUAUCGAUGUAUGCAAAGUGUGGGAAUCUUGGUGAAGCGCAAGCUAUAUUUGAGAACAUUGCCUGCAAAGAUAUGGUCUCUUGGAAUUCCAUGAUCUUUGGAUAUUCACAGCAUGGCCUUGCUGAGCAGUGCCUAGACUUGCUGAAAGAAAUGGAGAAGCACAUAGUACCGGAUGCUAUCUCCUUCCUUGGUGUGCUUUCAUCGUGCCGGCAUGCAUGCCUCGUAGGGGAAGGCCGCCGCUGCUUCAGGGAAAUGAUUGAACGUGGAGUAAAACCAGAGCUUGAUCACUACUCAUGUAUGGUUGAUCUCCUAGGCCGUGCAGGACUGAUUGAUGAAGCAUGGGAUUUGAUCCAGAUGAUGUCCAUGCCUCCAAAUGGCAUCAUAUGGGGCUCUCUGCUAGCUUCCUGUAGGGUGCAUGGAAGCAUUUCGAUUGGCAUCCAUGCUGCAGUGCAGCGUCUUAAGCUGGAACCAGGUUGUGCUGCGACUCACGUGCAGCUAGCGAAUCUGUACGCCAGCAUUGGCUGCUGGGGCGAUGUGGCCAGAGUGAGGAAGGUGAUGAAAGAGAGAGGCCUGAAGACGAACAUCGGGUGCAGUUGGAUAGAAGUUGGCAGUAAAGUUUAUAGUUUCACAGCAGAAAACAGAUCAAAGAGCCAGGUAAACAACAUCCUGGCCAUUCUUGAUUGCUUGCAGUCACAUAUGGAAUGCAAGUAUGAUAUACUGAUUGAUGGUCUGGAAUGUGAUGACCCUGAGCAUGUCAAGUUUAAGCACUAUAUAAACUUGAAAGAUCACGUCUUGCCAUAUUCAAUCGUAUGAAGAGGCACCCUACAGAAAAUGACAAGCGUCGCUCAUACUUCAAAUAUUUCCAAGAAGAUCCGUUGAUGGGCCACCGUUUCCCAGACCCAUGUGGAGGUAACAUUGGCUCGGAGGUGGAAGUGUUGCCCGCCUGGAGGUCAUCCCUGAGGCCGGCAGGAAGCUUGGGCCGGGUAGCCGUAGUAGUGGAGGAGGUUCAAGGGCCUCUAGCGCGGCAAAGAGGCCCUGCUAGCAGGGAGGCUUCGAGACUAAGGACCGUCAUCCGGAGGGUCCAGCGAAGGUCACAUUGGGAGGUCGUCCGAUGCACCUCCACCGCGCCCAACGCCAGCAUGAAGACCCAGGCAAAGCCACAAUCUCAGCAUGUCAGAGAUGGACGGUCACGCUGGCCCGAGUUCCUAGGAGCUGACUUUGUACUGUGUGCCGGUAAGUAGCCAACCUUUUGCUAGCCCCCGGUGGCAUCCUUGUAAAAUUAGCCUCAGGGAUAUUGAUGUAAUCCGCCAUCCCGAGAAUGGUAUAAAAGACUCCUUUUCCCGCCAAGGGCGGGAAGAGGGGCAGAUUCAGUUCACAUCCACUCUCAUGCUGUUCAUCUCUUCUUCCAAGUUUGGGGCUCAGCUCAAGGGUGGGUUCUCGCCUCCUUUACUGUCAUGGGGAUCUUCGAUCCCCCCAACAC